UGAGUCUUCAUGUCAACAAAAUGUCUCUUCAUUCUUCAUCUCGAUCAAAACUAACCGACUUUACAUUCUGUAACACUUUAGAUAUUAACAAUAUCGAAAAACCACCCUACAAAGACGAAUACCCUUUGGUCUCCACGCCCUCUUUUGGGCCGAAAACGGGCUAUUCGGGUUAUAAUUGCUCGUCGCCUUCAACAAAGGCGCGAAACAAGAUAUUGGAAAUGAUGAGAAACCUACCCGAGUCUUGUCAAGAACUUUCCCUAAAAGAUAUCGUUAUAGAUGAUGUUGAAAAACAACAAUCAACGCUUGAUCAAAAGAGUGAUUUGAAGACGGGUUUUAAAGAUAGAAAGACGCCUAAGAGAGAAGCCAGAGAACGCCCUAUCUCAAGGAGUGUUAGCUUGGAUACUGGGGUCUUUAUGCUCAAGAUGUUCAAUCCGAUUUCAUGUGGUGUGAAAAAAUCUCGAAGUGCAUCAAGGAUAAGGUCGAAUAAUAAUAGUUUUAGCAACAAUAAUAGCAAUGGAUCAAGCCAAAAGCGUAGCAAUAGACGUUUGGCUCCACAAACCAAUUCUAGGUCUGCAGAUUUUGCACCAGGAUGUUGGUUUAUCAAUAAACCGUGGAAGCAAAGAGGCUGCAUUGUCUGAGACUAUGGAAAUCAGUUGUAUCAGUAGAUUUGUGAUUUUUGGUCUUUAUAUGCUUCUUUGUAUAAUAUGAAAAGAUUAGUAAUUUUUGUUUCAUAUAAAUUAAAACAUGUAUAAGAGAACAAAUUUGCCCACAACCAUAACA